AUGAGCAACUCUACUUCUUCAUCUUCCUCAUCUUCUUCUUCAUCAUCAUCUUCUUCAUCAUCAUCUUUGCCUAUACCUAUUAUAACUACAUCAACAACAACAUCAACUGCACCACCAAACAAAGCACAUCAUCCUAAAAGUAAUAAUAAUCAUAAUAAUCAUAACAACAACAAGAAUAAAAUAGAGAAUGAAGGAAAAGUAGGAGGAGGAGGAUCAAGAGGAGGGAGAUCAGAAAGAGGUAGAGGAAGAGGUGGAGGUGGAAGAGGAAGAGGAAGAGAAGAUUCUGGACCACGUGGUAUUCGUACCUCAGAUGAUAAAGACUUUCAAGCUGAAUUGGAACUUGCUAUUGCUCUUAGUCAAUCAGAGCAUGAUGCAUCAUCAUCAUCAUCAUCAACACCAACAGCAUCUACCGCUACAUCCAAGAAUAACAACAAACAAAAGAAAGCAAAUAACAAGGUUGAUAUGACUCACUUGAUUCAAUUUCAAUAUAAACCUUCAAGUGAUCCUGUUAGAGGUUUUCUUACAAACUCUGGAGGUGGCACAAGAUCUCAUCAUCAUAAUAAUAAUCAUCAUAAUAAUCAUCAUAAUAGAAAUAGUGGUCGUGGAAGAGGAGGUGGAGGUGGAACUUCUACUUCUUCUACAACUACCAACAGUAAGCCAAGAUAUAAUAAUCAUAGUACUCCAAGACCAAGUAAUUUCCUUCAAGCAAAUUAUUUAUUCCAAAUUAAUUCAUAUGGAAAUUAUACAACAAGUUUAACCAAUUCUGAUUCAAUUGUUUCAUGGACCAAAAUUGAACAAGUAGUUUAUUUACACGAUUCUGAUGAAGAUUAUCUUUGCCCUAUUUGUUUUGAACCACCUUUUGCUGCCAAGGUAACAAAAUGUGGACAUAUUACAUGUUAUGGUUGUAUAUUAAGAAGUUUAUCACAUUCACCUAAAUGUCCACUUUGUCUAAGAGUGACUGAUAAAGAAGAGCUAAAAAGUGUGAUCAUUUCCAAAUCAAUUAAUUUCAGAGAAGGAGAUGAUAUUACUCUUCAACUUGUCAAAUACCGUGAAGGAACAACGGUUCCAUUUCUAGAUUCUCAACCAAUCGACGAAGUCAUUUCAUUCCCAGAUAAAGGCAAACCCAAUUCUGUUUUUUCAAGAUUUUCCAUCAUCAGAGAUAUCACAUCCAUCUUGGAGCGUGAAAGAUCUGAACUAUUGAUUGCCAAAGAGGCUGCAAUGAGCGAAGGUGAAUGGGAGGGUUCUAGUUAUUUGGCAAGUGGCGAAAAAGAGGUGGCCACUCGAGAAAUAGAAUUUAACAAAUUAAAAGAAUCUAGAAAGGUAGAGUACAGCUCUGUGACAGUUUCCUCUAUUCCAAAGAAAAAUUCUCCUUCUCCCAACAACAAUGGCAAUAUCAAUCUACCUCAAUUCUCACCCUAUCAAUACAGUAACAACACUGAUAUUAAAGCAGCUUUGGCAGAUUACUAUAAUGAUGAAGAUGAUUAUGAUAUUUCAUCUCCUGAUCUUUCAACUACUUUGGCAAACAAAUUAAAUUUAAUUAAAGAAAUUGAUAAUAAUAAUGAUAUUAAUACGACAACUACCACAACUACUUCAACUACUACAACCACUACCACUAAUAAUAAUAAUAAUAAUAAUAAUAAUAAUAACAAUAAUAAUAAUAAUAAUAAUCAAAAUAAUAAUAAUAAUAAUAAUCAAAAUAAUAACUCUCAACCAAAAUUGUUAGAAUAUUCAUAUGAAAAUCAACCAGUAGAAGCAUUAUUUUAUCUUUAUCAAUCCAAAGAUGGACAACCAGUUUAUUUACAUCCAUUGUGUAUGAAAAUAUUGGCAAAGGAUUUAGAGAUUAGAAAAUCAGAGGCGUCAAACGAUUAUGAUGUCUACCAACUACCCUCAACCAUACAUUCAAAAAUUUUGGAAAUUGAAAACCAAGAAAUCACAAAGACCUAUAGAGAUGCAAACAAGGUAUUUAGCUAUCUUCCUCUGACAACAGAAAUCAAAUUUAUCGAGAUUGAUUUGACAAACAAGGUUUCAAAGGAAGCAUUGGCAGAGUUUGGACAAGAAUUGAAAAAGAGAAGAGAUGCUCGUAAUAAUAUCAAGAGACAAGAGGUUAGAAAACAAAAAAUCAAGGAAAAGGAGCGUGAACACGACUUGGUACGUUCCAAGGAAUUGAGAGAGGAACAUGAACAAAAAAUGGAAAAGAAACGUCUUGAUAUGGAACAAGAGGAAAAAGAAAGAAAGGAAGCCGAAGCUCAAUUGAAAAAGGAUGGGAAUAGUAGUGUUUUUUAUUUAGAAGCCAUCAAGGAUUAUAAAUCUUAUAAUACAGAUUUUGGUUAUUCUCUUGGUGAUAACAAAAAAAGAAAAUAA